UCUCUGCACAAAAAAGUAGUAUAAGACUGAAUUUACAAUUUCAUCCUUCAUAUUCAUUGAACAAUAUAUUCCUCGUUGUUCUCUUCUUCUUCGCUCACUCUCAAUCUUCACUCUUCAGAUUUAAUCGAGCAAACUUACAAACCCUAAUUUUUGAGGAUGGGUCAGAUCCAGUAUUCUGAGAAGUACUUCGAUGACACCUAUGAAUACAGACAUGUGGUUCUGCCUCCUGAAGUGGCCAAAAUGCUUCCUAAGAAUCGGCUUCUCUCUGAAAAUGAGUGGCGAGCAAUUGGGGUUCAGCAGAGCCGUGGUUGGGUUCAUUACGCUAUUCAUCGCCCUGAGCCACACAUAAUGCUUUUCAGGAGGCCUUUGAAUUAUCAGCAGCAGCAGGAGAACCAGGCCCAGCAAAGCAUGCUUGUCAAAUGAAUGAACACUUCCUUCGCAAAUCCGAAAGUGGGAAUACAAUGUUAUAUAGAUUUUUAUUUUGUUGGAAUAUGGGUGAUAUUAUGAAGACCUAACCGAUGGAAUUCUCUUUUUGUGGAGAAUCUUAACGUGGUUUCAUUUUAUUUGAAUGUGUUGUGGACAUGGUGUUUCUUCGAUUUGUGUUGGUGUACCUCUCGUGUACUCUUGUGGGCUUCGUGGAUUAUAUAAUAGUCAUUAUCAGUUACAUUCUGCUAUGGCUCCA